AUGUCCGUUGACAACCCCACCAUCGACGACGUCGUCACCUACUCUAGCGGCGAUCACGACUCUCCGCCGGACCUCCGUAUCCUGCACUACAACGAUGUCUACCACGUCGAGCCCUCCAGCGCCGAGCCUGUCGGCGGCUACGCCCGCUUCAAGACCCUCUGCAACUACUACCGUAGCGACUCCAAGUUCGCCGGCCAGUCUGAUCUGCUGACCUUCUUCUCCGGCGAUGCUUUCAACCCCAGCUUGGAGAGUAGUGUCACCAAAGGCAGCCACAUGGUUCCCGUGCUCAAUGGCAUAGGCACCGAUUGUGCGUGCGUUGGUAACCAUGACCUGGACUUCGGAGUACGCCAGUAUCGCCAUCUCACUGGCCAGUGCAAAUUCCCAUGGCUCCUAGCAAACGUGCUCGACCCGGCCCUCGGCGAGAACGAGUCGUUGGCGAACGCCCAGAAAACACAUAUGAUGACCUCUUCGAAUGGCAUCAAGGUUGGCAUAAUCGGCUUGGCUGAGCGGGAGUGGUUGGAUACCAUCAACUCGUUGCCGCCGGACAUCAUAUACAAGUCGGCUUCGGAGACGGCCAAGGAGCUAGUGCCAGGCUUGCGUGAGCAAGGUGCUGAGAUUGUCAUUUGCAUUUCCCACCAGCGUGAGCCCAAUGACAACAAGCUCGCCGAGAAGCUUCCCGAGGGCUUGGUUGAUAUUAUUUUGGGUGGCCAUGACCAUUACUAUAGCCACAGCCUGAUCAACGGCUGCCACGUCUUGCGUUCAGGCAGUGAUUUCAAGCAGCUGAGCUACGUUGAAGCAUGGAAAAAGCAAGACGGAAGCAACAAGUGGGAUUUCAACAUCAUUCGUCGGGAUGUCGUCUCCCAGAUCCCGCAGGAUCCCGAGUCUGUGAAGCUCAUCGAAAGCCUCACUGCCAAGCUGAAAGCGAAGCUUGACAAGCCUAUCGGUUACACCGCUGCUCCGCUGGAUGCACGUUUCACCACAGUCCGCACCAGAGAGUCGAAUAUGGGCAACUUUGUCUGUGACCUCAUGCGCUUCACGUACAACGGAGACUGCGCCUUGAUGGCGUCUGGCACCAUCAGAGGAGACCAGAUCUACCCUCCAGGCCUGCUCAGGGUGAAGGAUAUCAUGAACUGUUUCCCGUUCGAGGAUCCUAUCGUUGUGAUCAAAGUCACUGGCAAGGCUGUCGUUGAAGCUCUCGAAAACGCCGUGUCCAAGUACCCUGCGCUCGAGGGCCGCUUUCCGCAGGUUUCGAACAUUGAGUUCGAAUUCGACCCUGAGAAACCCGAGGGUUCCCGCGUCAACUGGACCAAGAUCGGCGGCGAGCCUGCGGACAUGGAGAAGGAGUAUGUCAUGGUGACUCGUGGAUACAUGGCCCGUGGUCGCGACGGUUACGAUUCUCUGUUGAUCGAGGAGGAAGGAGGCACAGCGAAGGAGAUCGUUUCGGAGGAGAACGGAAUUCUCAUUUCGAUGAUGCUGCGCCAGUACUUCAUGUCUCUGAAGGUCCUCGGCAAGUGGAAGCAGUGGGGCCCCAGCAUGGGAAGGCAUUGGGAGAGAGUGCAGAACGAUCUGCAGACUGUCCAGCCGUGUGUUGAGUCAAAGGGCAAGGUUGCAAACGCGCUGGAAGUGAUCCAGGACAGCCGAAAUGGCAGGCUGACCCCUCUUGGGCACCGUCCGGAAGGCGCAGAGACGCCGCUCAACGAGUCUGACACGGACUCGGAGGACGAACAAGAGCCCAAGCGUGCCCACGCUGCCGUCGAGGAGCUGGAGAGGAAGAGGGUGCUCAUGAGGAGGGUCAUGCGUAAGUGGUGGCGCUUGGCUGGACUGAAGGGUCAGCCGCGCUGCGGUGAUCCUCUUGGAGAGGGCGAAUUCACCAUCAAUUGGACCAAGGCUAUCGCUCCUAGACUAGAGGGUAGAAUCAAGAUGGUCUCUACAUCUCCAUAG